AUGACUGCCAUGGAUUGCAUCACACAGACAAAGGUAUCAAGAUAUAAGUCAGGAUUAUCUGAAGCUAACAGACACCUCUGUACUUCUCAGGACCAAAGCAUCUCUGAAGCCCAAAUGUGGUGUUCCUGCAUCAAGUUCCUUAGCCUCUCUGGGGCACCUGUGAACCAUGGACACUGCACCCUCAUCCCAGUCGGGAUGUCCUGCAGAGACACUUCACUUUCGCCAGGAGGAGGACUGACCCUGAAUUCACUCUUUUCUUUUCUUCUUGGGCUUCCUAGACAACACAGAGAGCAAGGUGCUCCUGCCUCCUUUGUACAUGCACGUAUAGAGCAGAUAUUGGAGAGCUCAGGGCUCAAAGACACCUGUGACCCAGAGCUGCAGCCAGACAAGUACUGGGCUGAGAGGCAGACAGAGGGGAUUUGGGGGCUCAAUGGGAGGAAAUGGGAGGAGGUAUCAAAAGCUCAGGUCCUGCUCUCAAGCUCACCCUGCAGGAGAAAGGCCUUGAUCUGUGCAUUUGCAGGGGAGAAGAUAUGCUUCCUUGUUCAGGACAUACCCUGGUUCCUGGCACAGCCUGACACCUUCUCUGACAGGCACAAGCUUCUUCCAGGGCCAGAGAAAGGGAUGAUGCUUACCAUACCUCACUGGGUUUAUUAUCCACAAGGAGUGCUUAGGGUGGCUAGGAGAAAUAGACAGUUGUGGUGUUCACAAGAGAUUGUAGAUUUCAUUCCCCAAGAGCCAGGACCAUCUGUGCCAACCGCAUGGAAUUCUGUCACUGUUCCAUGUUCCAGUCCUCCAAGGACUCAGUCUCAAAUCACAAUGAACAACUACACAGCUGUAGCAGAGUUUGUCCUGCAGGAAUUCUCUGGGGAUCCUGGGUUCCAGGCUUUCUUAUUUGCCUUUUUCUCCAUUUUCUAUACUAUGGCUGUUACAGGAAACACCCUCAUUUUCAUGGCCAUCAGCCUGAACUCAAGUCUUCACACCCCCAUGUACUUCUUCCUUGCAAACCUGGCCCUGUUGGACAUUGUCUGCACAUCCACUGUUCUUCCCAAGCUGCUGGAGGGUCUGGUGGGGAAGGGCAGCCACAUCUCUUAUAAAGGAUGCUUGACCCAGCUUUUCUUCCUAACCUGGGUUCUGGGGGCUGAGCUGCUACUGCUCACGGCUAUGGCCUAUGACCGCUAUGUGGCCAUCUGUCGCCCACUGCACUACAGCAUGCUGAUGAGUCGGCCUGUCUGUGUCCUGCUGGCAGGCAGUGUAUGGGUCAGCAGUGCAAUCAACACAUCCGUGCACACUGGCCUGAUGGCACGGCUCCAUUUCUGUGGCCCCAACCAAAUCCGCCACUUUUUAUGUGAAAUCCCAGCACUGCUACAGCUGUCUUGCAGCCCAACCACCCUCAACAAUAUCAUGACUAUAAUCGCAGAUGCUUUUUAUGGCGUGGUCAACUUCCUGUUUACCAUGAUAUCCUACAGCUUCAUCAUUGCCAGCAUCCUACUCAUCCGCUCUGCAGAGGGCAAGAAGCGUGCUUUCUCCACGUGCUCUGCCCAUCUGGUGGUGGUCACCUUGUACUACUCCACCGUCAUCUAUACCUAUGUGCAGCCUGGCUCUGGAUCUUCCUUGGAAAAUAGCAAGGUGGUUGUUUUAUUGUACACAGCAGUCUGCCCUACCCUGAACCCCCUCAUUUACUCUCUGAGGAAUAAGGAUGUCAAAGUGGCCCUCAGGAAGCUGUUGGCU